AUGGCUGAUUCCUCCAAGUCAGAGAGGCGCCAGUCCAUCAAGACUGGCAAGCUCGUGCGCUCGCAGAAGAUCAUUCAGCUAUCUCCCUCCGACAUGAGAGCGCCCGACAUUCCAGAGGACGCAGAACUCCCACGACAGGCUCCGACGAGAAGCCAUACACCAGGACAUCUUUCGACGAAGAGUCAAGACCGGCGGAAGAAAGCCUCCGAUCUAGCCCUACGGCAGCGCUCCCAAUCUCUGUCGCAGAAAGACAGCCAGUUGGAAUCCCCUAAAUCAGUGAAAUCACCAACUACUCCAGGACCUGCAAGAAAUGUACCAAGACAAGACAACCCACUCUCUCCGCCAAUCUCAAGCACACCUUCUGCAGCGGCCUCCAAUGCUGCUGCUAGUCCCGCUCUCACCAGACCCCUAAAUCUCCGAUCGACAUCCGCAAUCGCAUCGAAACCGCAGGAAGGCACUCCAUCACCAACUCCAGUUCGAAAUGGCCCUCCAGCCCAGCGCCCUCCGCGAGGGGUACACAGAUCCUUUCCGCCUCUCGCGGACCCGAGGACAGCGCCAGACGUGCAGCCUGCACCUGCAAGCGGCAUGUACUGGUCUCGAGCCCCCGUAUCAGGAGCCCCCCACACCUCCCUACGAGCACAUACGACUACGUUAAUAGGUUCGAACAUAUAUAUAUUUGGAGGCUGUGAUUCGCGGAGUUGUUUCAACGAGUUAUACGUUUUGGACGCCGAUGCAUUUUACCUCUCCUGUCCGCACGUCUGCGGAGAUAUACCUGUACCGUUGCGAGCGAUGACCUGCACGGCGGUGGGCAAGAAACUAAUUGUCUUUGGAGGCGGCGAUGGACCUGCAUAUUACAACGAUGUCUACGUUCUCGAUACGGUGAAUUUCCGAUGGAGCAAGCCGAAGAUUGGCGGAGAUCGACAGCCCAGCAAACGGAGGGCACAUACGGCGUGUCUAUACCGGAAUGGAAUAUAUAUAUUUGGCGGAGGCGAUGGAGUCCGUGCUCUGAACGAUGUGUGGAGGCUGGACGUCGCAGACACGAAUAAGAUGUCGUGGAAACUGAUAUCAGCACCGUCAUCGGCUGUGAUGGAGGACAAAACGAAGCCGAAGGCACGAGGAUACCACACGGCAAACAUGGUCGGGAGCAAGCUUAUUAUAUUCGGCGGCUCGGACGGCGGGGAGUGUUUUAGGGAUGUAUGGGUCUUUGAUGUAGAGACGCUGCAAUUCUCGCACGUCCAUAUCCCGCUGUCCUACCCCCGGCUCUCGCAUACAGCCACAAUCGUCGGAUCGUACCUCUUCGUUAUAGGCGGCCACGACGGCGUCGAAUAUUCCAACGAGGUCCUGCUACUAAACCUCGUCACGAUGGUGUGGGAUAAGCGCAAGAUCUACGGCGAGCCACCAAGGCCGCGGGGAUAUCACGGCACGGUACUACACGACAGCCGACUUGUGGUGGUUGGAGGAUUCGACGGCGGGGAAGUGUUUGGCGACGUGCAAGUGCUCGAAUUAGCUGUCCAUGCUUAUUACAGCCAGAUCAGCCAUUUCCGUAUUGACGUUUAA